UAUCAAGUUUUGCAGUAUCUCCUGAGGAAGUCAGAAUCUGAGCCAGCAUGAAGACUGAAUCUUGUCUUUGGUCUGAUUUAUAAACUGUACUUUUAUUCUAACCAUGUGCAAGGUGAAGGUUAUAGCAUGGAAACUAAAAUCUUACUUCCUGCCUGACAUAACUUGCUUCGAGAAGUACACAAUGUCAGAACGUGGAAUUAAGUGGGCUUGUGAAUAUUGUACGUAUGAAAACUGGCCAUCUGCAAUCAAGUGUACUAUGUGUCGUGCCCAAAGACCUAGUGGAACAAUUAUUACAGAAGAUCCAUUUAAAAGUGGUUCAAGUGAUGUUGGUAGAGAUUGGGAUCCUUCCAGCACAGAAGGAGGAAGUAGUCCUUUGAUAUGUCCAGACUCUAGUGCAAGACCAAGAGUUAAGUCUUCAUACAGCAUGGAAAAUGCAAAUAAAUGGUCAUGCCACAUGUGCACAUAUUUGAACUGGCCAAGAGCAAUCAGAUGUACUCAGUGCUUAUCCCAGCGUAGGACUAGGAGUCCCACAGAGUCUCCUCAAUCCUCAGGAUCUGGCUCAAGACCAGUUGCUUUUUCUGUUGAUCCUUGUGAGGAAUACAAUGAUAGAAAUAAACUGAACACAAGGACCCAGCAUUGGACUUGUUCUGUUUGCACAUAUGAAAACUGGGCCAAGGCUAAAAAGUGUGUUGUUUGUGACCAUCCCAGACCUAAUAACAUUGAAGCAAUAGAACUGGCAGAUACCGAAGAGGCUUCUUCAAUAAUAAACGAGCAAGACAGAGCUCGAUGGAGGGGAAGCUGCAGUAGUGGUAAUAGCCAAAGAAGAUCGCCUCCUGCUAUGAAACGGGACUCUGAAGUGAAAAUGGAUUUUCAGAGGAUUGAAUUGGCUGGUGCUGUUGGCAGCAAGGAGGAGCUUGAAGUGGACUUUAAAAAAUUAAAGCAAAUUAAAAACAGGAUGAAAAAGACUGAUUGGCUAUUCCUCAAUGCUUGUGUGGGGGUUGUAGAAGGUGAUUUAGCUGCCAUAGAAGCAUACAAGUCAUCGGGAGGUGAUAUUGCACGUCAGCUUUCUGCAGAUGAAGUGCGCUUGCUGAACCGUCCUUCUGCCUUUGAUGUAGGCUAUACUCUUGUGCACUUGGCUAUACGUUUUCAGAGGCAGGAUAUGCUAGCAAUAUUGCUUACAGAGGUGUCUCAACAAGCAGCAAAGUGUAUUCCAGCAAUGGUGUGUCCCGAACUGACAGAACAAAUCCGGAGAGAAAUAGCUGCCUCUCUUCAUCAGAGAAAAGGAGAUUUUGCUUGCUAUUUUCUAACUGACCUUGUAACAUUUACAUUGCCAGCAGAUAUUGAAGACUUGCCCCCAACAGUCCAAGAAAAAUUAUUUGAUGAGGUGCUUGAUAGAGAUGUUCAAAAAGAGUUAGAAGAAGAAUCCCCGAUUAUAAACUGGUCCUUGGAGUUAGCUACACGUUUGGAUAGUCGACUGUAUGCACUUUGGAACCGGACUGCAGGAGACUGCUUACUUGAUUCAGUACUACAAGCUACCUGGGGCAUUUAUGACAAGGACUCAGUGCUUCGGAAAGCCCUGCAUGACAGCCUGCAUGACUGUUCACAUUGGUUUUACACGCGCUGGAAAGAUUGGGAAUCAUGGUAUUCUCAGAGCUUUGGUUUACAUUUUUCCUUGAGAGAAGAACAGUGGCAAGAAGACUGGGCGUUUAUACUCUCUCUCGCCAGUCAGCCUGGAGCAAGUUUGGAACAGACGCACAUUUUUGUGCUUGCACAUAUUCUUAGACGACCAAUUAUAGUUUAUGGAGUAAAAUAUUAUAAGAGUUUCCGGGGAGAAACUUUAGGAUAUACUCGGUUUCAAGGUGUUUAUUUGCCUUUGCUGUGGGAACAGAGUUUUUGUUGGAAAAGUCCGAUUGCUCUGGGCUAUACAAGGGGCCACUUCUCUGCUUUGGUUGCCAUGGAAAAUGAUGGCUAUGGCAACCGAGGUGCUGGUGCUAACCUGAACACGGAUGAUGAUGUCACCAUCACGUUUUUGCCUCUGGUUGACAGCGAAAGGAAGUUACUCCAUGUGCACUUCCUUUCUGCUCAGGAGCUAGGUAACGAGGAACAGCAAGAAAAACUGCUCAGGGAGUGGCUGGACUGCUGUGUGACCGAGGGGGGAGUUCUGGUUGCCAUGCAGAAAAGCUCUCGGCGGCGAAAUCACCCCCUGGUCACGCAAAUGGUAGAAAAAUGGCUUGACCGCUACCGACAGAUUCGGCCUUGUACUUCCCUGUCUGAUGGAGAGGAAGAUGAAGAUGAUGAAGAUGAAUGAAAAAAUCAAAGAGCAGAAGACAAAGGCAUUGGAUUUGUGAUGACCCCGAAACGUCAGUGUGGUGUUCCAAGCAGAGUGCACAGCAUGGAGUGAACCGGAUCUGGGAAGGUCUGCUCGGAAGUAUUUUUGAUUCACACCCAGUGGAAAGAAUGCAUCUGCUGUGUGAGGAGACAGAGAACUUUGGUUGGACUACAGUUUGUAAAGAAACUAAUUUUAUUAAGACAGAACUUUUUUUUCCUUUCAAAUUGUAAAUCUGUCUAUAAAUGUAACGCAUGUGGUUGUGUAAGAAAUUGUGUAAUAGGAAAAGUUGUACCAGCAUCUUCAUAAUAUUGAUAAAUUUUUUUCCAGCAUGGGCACUUACAAAAAGCACAUGGCAGAUGACUUUGUUCCUUUGAGAUACUAUAUUUUCAGUAGAACAUGGCAUUCUACUUUCACCUUAAAAUAUUCAUUUUACAUUAAAUCUCGAGAUUUGGAAACUUUUUGUACAAAUUAUCCACAGCAAAACAUAAAAAUAAACAAGCUUAUAUUUUACUGAUAAUUUAGUUCCUGUUGUGCCCAAUGAAAUAAAAUCAAAUCUUUUAGGAACACACUAAAAAAAAAAAAAAGCUAAGAACUUUUUAUUGAGUGAACUUCAAAUAGACAUUGUUUCCUUGUUUUGAAGAGGGGUUUUGGUUUCUAUUAUUAUUGUCUUUUUAAGUUUGUUGAUAUGCCCCUUUCCAGUAUUUCGGUAUUUAUUUGCUUGGAAGAAUGCCCUAUAAUUAGGGUCUUAUUGCAGACUCUGGGCAGCAAUCUGUUUGUGAGUAGUUAUUCCCUGGUUGGAAAGGGAGCAGCACCACUCAUCACCAAAUGGAUUGUGUGACAUUGGCUCACUUGGAUUCCAUUGACAAUGUUUUACUCCCAAGUUGCUAUGCAGAGGAUCUUUGGAUUCUUCCUUUUAUCACCUCUGCUCUAAGCAAAUCCUGUUAGAAGGGCAUGCCUUUGCUUAGGCUCAUUGGGAAUGCCAGUUCAGUACGGAAUAAAGAUUUAAAAAAUGCAACAAGGUGGUAAAUGCAUUUUAUAAUGAAUUUCUCAGCGUGUAGCCUGAGAAUUUUUGCAUGUUGGUUAAUUGUGGCCAUUCUUAUUUAAAGUUAAAACUAUAAUCUUAGGUAGAAAAACUUUUUAUAAAAAGUAUUAUUUGACCACUUCAGGUGUACAUUCAGUACUGGGUAAAAAUUUCAGACCUAUCUCAGGAACACAAAAAGACUUAGUGUCCUGAUAAGCACUUUGUAGACUAUUGAUGUGGCAAGGAAUUUGGAAAGAAGCCCCAGAUACAUACACCCCCCCCCUUUUGAUUUAGAGGCUGUGAAAACCUUUAAAUAUUUGCUUCUUGUUUUCUCUUUAGUUUUGUUUAGAUGAUACUGAAAUGUGUGCAACCUCGAACUUGAUGCCACAAUACUAAAAAUAGAAUAAUACCCAUGAGCUGUCAUGUCUUUAGUUCUUUCUCCCUUUCUGAACUCAGUAAAAGGUGUUCCAGGAUGAAAGGAUCAUUGCUGCAUGCUGAAAGUUGCAGGAAAAAAUUAUUUUUGCAGUAUGGGUCCAUAUAAAUGAAUUUUGAUAUAAUAAUGGUAAAUGUUAGUUUCAAGUGGUUAAUGUUUUCUUGCAAAUUGACUCUAUGACUUGCUUUCAUUUUGGUCAAUAGUUUAUAAUCAAGUUUUUAGAUGGCUAUCAUUCUGACUACUUAUCAUAACAUCUCUCAUAACUUUUCUCCAUGUAUAGAGAUAAUUCUUUAGUGGGCAGAGGUCCUGUUCUAGUUGCCUAUUAGGCAAAAUCUGCCCUCUCAAUUGAAGAAGCCAAAGAGAAAUGUUGGAGGGAAAAGCAUCUGGUCAGUGGGAGUCUACAUUGUAGUCAGUGCUGUCCAGAGAACUACAGGCUCAGUAGUUAGCAUCUACCUGUGUGUUGUGGUCUGGGGAGUGUCGUUUUCCCUGUGUUCCCUCUUUAUUUAUUUAUUUAUGAUUAGUGACCCUGACCACAUAUAGUUUGAUAGGUAUAGCAUUCUUCCCUGUGGGAAAGAAUUAUAGAUGGUUCCAUUUCCUAGGCUCCAGAAAUGGAGCUUUAAAUGGUUUUCAUAGCAGACUGGCUGUUAAAGGCCAAAAUUUUUGGUAAAUGAAUGCUAUGUGAAGCUCUUGAACUAUUAAACAGCCAUAAUUAUAGUCCCAAGAUAGAGUAUGUAGUCCUUUGUCAAAGAUUGUGUGUUUGGGUGACAGAUGAGUGUCUUACUGACUCUGGACAGUCAUACCGUUGGUUCUUUUUCUAGGGCAAAACCAGUGUAGUGGUUUCUGUUCUGACCUGUUCCUCCUUGGAGUCAAUUUAUACAUAAUAUUCCCAAAGGACUGGGCAACAAAAAAUCUGAUUAAACAAAACCCAGGUACACCAUGGAUUUGGACCUGCCUGCUUAUGUUUUGACUUAGGCUCAUCGUGUCCCAGACUUAAUGGAUGUUAUGGUAAAGUAACUGUUGUGCCUAGAUGCUUGGGGCCUCCUUUCAUGCAUAUUUCACCACCUACUUGAUGAAUGGUUAUGAAGAGAAUGUUAAACUACCUUUCUCUCCCUGGGGUGAUAGGUCAGCGGCUAUGUGCUCCAUCUCUCUCUAUGUGGGGCUGUAAUGUAAUCUUUCAUGGCAGAUUUGGGGUGGGGCCACCACCUUAAAAUGAGCGAGGGGACAAGGCCAGCAGAUGGAUGCUUUGAGACACUUUUUUUUUUUUUUUUUUUUAAAUGGGAAGGGAAGGGUAAGAAGGGGCUCGAAGGGAGUUUGAUACUUGGAAUUGUUGGACUUAACACUUGCAGACACCGUGAGUAUGAAGGGCUUAAUGACAUUUUAAAAAAGAUUCGUCACGUCAACUUAAAAUUUUUAACUAAUGGAAAUGGCCAAUGUUAAUUAUUUUGCAGCAUUUCUUUGUAAUUGUCACAAUUGUUAGGUUAUUGGCAAAAAGUUUCAAGAUUCACUUUCCUUCUUUGAGUCAGGUAAUUUUGCUUUUGGGUAAAUUAAAAUUGAAACUCUA